CGAGUGUAUACAGGGGACAGGCCGCCUCGUCGCCGCAUCGCGCUUAUCACAGGGUUCACAUCAUCCGCACGGUAGCAUGUGCCCCGUCGAAGACGCGUCGAGGGCACUAUAUAGGGUCCAUAUGCGCGGAGUCGCCCUUCGUCGCUUCAGGUUCUCCCUUUCUCCUGCGGCACAGACAGAACGAUGGCAAUCUCCCCAGCUCUCCUGGGGCUCGCGCUCUCCUUCCUUCCAUCCCUUACUUACGCCCAGCCCGCGCCCGAGCUGCAAGAACGUAUCUCUGCCGCGAUUGAGGCUGCGGCGAACGAGACGAACCCCGACUACACGUCUUUCGUUAAUGUUUUCAUCGGAACUGACAACUAUGGCGAUGUCUGCCCCGGCGCAUCAGUCCCCUUCGGCGUGGCCAAGAUCACCACCGACAUGACGGGCUACGCCCCCGCAGGCUACAUCACCGACCCCGCCGAGCGCGUCCGCGGCCUCAGCCCCCUCCACGACAGCGGCACAGGCUCCUCCUCCGGCACCUACGGCAACUUCGAGAUCAUGCCCCUCCUCUGCCCCUCUGGCUUCGACACCUGCACCACCCGCCUCGCCGCGCGCGAGCGCUACCGCAAGAACGACACCGACGACGGUGCGCCGGGCUACUUCGCUCUCACCCUCGGCAAUGAGAUCAAGAUGGAGGCAACGGCGACGCGACGGGCGGGUUUGGAGAGGUUCACGUUCCCGGAGGGCGCGAAGCCGUAUUUUGUGCUUGACUUGGCGAAUGAUUUGCCUGGGUCAUUUGCUGGGGGGCAGUUGAAUAUCGAUGCAGAGAAGGGAAGGGUGACGAUUGGAGGCAGCUAUGGGUCGAGCUUCGGCCCCGGCUCCUUCAACUACCAAGCCUUCGCCUGCUACGACCUCCUCGGCCCCGGCAACAACCAAACCCUCGACGAAUACGGCGUCUGGACGGCCAACGCCUACGGCCUUGACGCCAAAGGCCUCGGACAGACGCAGCUGAACUUCACUCGCUCCCUGAUUGGCGACAAGUACGAAUCCGGCGCAUUGUUCUCGUACUCUGGCGAUGCACAGGAAAUCACCAUCCGCGUGGGCGUAUCCUUCGUAUCGACGGAGCAGGCGUGCGCGAAUGCGGAAGAGGAGAUCGGGGAGAAGAGCUUCGAGGACGUGUGGGCGGAGGCGAGGGGUUUGUGGAACGAGAAGCUGAGUCGCAUCGAGAUCGAUGUGGGUGGCACGCCUGCGAAUGUUACGGAGAUGCUGUAUUCGGCGUUGUAUCGUUCGAACCUGACUCCGAACAAUGCUACUGGCGAGACGCAGGGCAAGUAUGUCGGCACCACAUCACAGUACUUCGACUCGUUCUAUGCUAGUUGGGAUACUUACCGCACCUUCUACCCUCUUAUGGCCCUCACCUCUCCUGUCGAGUUUGCCCAGAUUGUCGACUCCUACAUCGAUGGCUGGCGCAAAGAGGGAUGGCUGCCGGAGACUCGCGCAAACAACCUUCCAGGCUGGACGCAAGGUGGCUCCUCCGCCGACAAUAUCCUCUCGCACUUCGCCGUGCACUACCACAACGAAGCGGCUGCGCUCGGCAUCGACCUCGAGGAGCUCUACGCCGCUGUACUCACAAAUGGCGAGAAGAACCCACCGGAGUGGAAUAUCUACGGCAGGCAGAUCAAUGUGUACAAGCAAUACGGCUACGUGCCCGCCGGCGUCCUCGACACGUCCAGCGUCGGGCGUCAGACGCGCGAGGGCAGUCGCACGCUCGAGUACGCAUUCGAGGACUUCGGGAUCCGACAGGUGGCGCAGCUGUUGGGACACGACGAAGAUUUGGCGGAAUAUACGAACCGCUCUUAUUGGUACCGCAACGUCUGGGACCCGAGCGUGGAGAGCGAUGGAUUCAAGGGCUUCCCUCAGAAGCGCCUUCCUAACGGCGACUUCAACUACACGGAUCCCAUCCACUGUUCGCUGAAGGAUGACAACUCGAAUCGGGAGUGCUCGCUGACUGCUGGCAACACCAACGGCUUCUACGAGUCCUCGUCGUGGGAGUAUGCGUGGUUCGUCCCGCACGACACCGCGUAUCUCAUCGAGCUCAUGGGUGGCAAUGAAACCUUCGUCGACCGCCUCGACCACUUCUUUGAGGCUGGCUACUACCUAGCAGAGAACGAACCUUCGUUCCAGACGCCCAUAGGGUACCACUAUGCGGAUCGCCCAACGAAGUCGGUGGAUCGCGUCCGUGAAGUUGUGUUUGAGAAUUUUGGCAUCACACCCGCUGGCUUGCCUGGCAAUGACGACCAGGCUGCCAUGUCCUCCCUCUUGACCUUCCACAUUCUGGGCCUAUAUCCAGUGCCCUCUACCACCGAGCUUCUGAUCCUCUCGCCCUUCGUGCCCAAGUACACCAUCCACAACGCGUAUCUCAACGUCAGCACGACGGUCACUGUCGCCAACUUCGAUCCCAAGUCCGUUGCACAGACCAUUCCUGAUGGUGUCGCCGCCUACGUCGAGAGCGUCGCGAUCAACGGGGAGGAGUUACCUUCGCGGUGCCAUCUUGAUUUUUACGAUGCGUUCCGGCUGGGUGGGAAUAUCACCAUCACGCUGACGGCGGAUAAGGCGGCGGCGGACAACUGCGGUGGCGCGCUUCCCGAGAGUCUGUCGACAGGCGGGUUUGCGACGUCGCGGUGAAGAAAGGACCGGCACGAUGAACGCGAUUAGGCGGCCACGAAGGAGCCUAGUAUCUUGAGGUCGUAGAUAGUGA